AUGGUGUUGUCGUCAUGGCUGUGGGCAUGCUUGAUGCUUGCCACAGUCUUUGCGAUAGUUACUCAUGCAGAAUCUACUCUUUGGGGGACGUAUCGUCCGCAGCUGCUCUUUGGUCUACGGCCGCGUAUGCCCCAGACGCUGCUGACAGGAUUCAUGUACUAUUCGCCUACCAGUAUCCAAGGCGGCGCACCCACUAGACAUUUGGCCUCUGUGAACCCGGGACCGGAUUAUUUUAGGUGGAAGUACCACGAUGGACGAAACUUUGGUAUUCAGGAGAUCGUGGACCACGAGCACAACUACCUACUCGAGACGAGUUUUGUCAAGUCUGGUCACCAGGAUGGUGCGCCAGGUCACUGGGGCAUUAGAAUCCGUGGUACAGUGCUGGAUGAUUCCAAGCCUGCUAAUAUCGUAACGUAUUAUUAUAUGGGCUCAGAAAAUUCGAGGUUCCCAUUCUAUGUGACCGAACAGGGAGAAGCGCGUUGUAGUGUCCUUGGUGGCGUCUCGAUGCGGACACAAGAUGCGCCUGAGAAUAGGCCACUAGAAGGCUUUGAACGUAUGGCGUAUGCCGCUUUGUCGGUCGACGUGCGUGAGACUUGGCGUGGCCAAGACAUUAUCCUGGAGGAGCAUAUUCGUCAAAAACAAGAAUCCCUGAAAAGACCUACCGACGCUCUUGACCAUCACAUGGUGUUCUCAAAUCGUACAGAGUCUAAUACGACUUUUUUUGCGGUCCAAAAGGCGUUUGAGGGCAAUUUUUCCUACGAUAUUUUCCUCGACAGCGGAUCGUCAUCGCCGGAUGCCAAGCUCCAUCCUGAAAAUCUUACGCACUUGCUAGCAUCGUAUAAGAAGGAGCAUGAUGAGCAUUUUGAGAGCAGAUUUGGUCUUAUCAAGAGCGGCAUGCAUGCGAAUCAUGUCGAGGCAGCCCGUGAAAUCACUUCACAACUGAUCGGCGGCAUCGGCUAUUACUACGGCGAGAGUCUAGUGGAUCGCCGGCCCUUGAACGAUUCGGGCAUGUAUUUGCACGAUAUGCAUGGUGCCAUGCCCAAGCCAGAGGGCCCUCACAGUCUGCUGACCGCCACACCAAGUCGCAGCUUCUUCCCUCGCGGCUUUUACUGGGACGAAGGCUUCCAUUUGCUCCACAUUGGUGCUUGGGACGCCGAAUUGGCUUCCAUGAUCUUCGGGUCUUGGACGCACCUGAUGGACAAGAACGGAUGGGUCGCGCGUGAGCAAAUUCUUGGUGAGGAGGCACGUAGCCAAGUGCCGCGGGAGUUCCAGACGCAGUAUCCGCAGCAUGCAAAUCCGCCCACGUUGAUUUUUGGCCUCAACUCCAUGCUGGACGAGUACCACUCCCGUGUGAAAGAGGCGCAGGAAGAUCUUGAAGGCGUCAAUUAUAUCCAGCGUGCUGACCUUGGUGACAUGGACAGGAUGCAUAAAAAGCUCGAAUCACUGUAUCCGCAUUGGAAGCGGCAUUAUGAGUGGUUCCGUCGCACGCAGCGAGGACAGAUUCGCCAAUGGGGCCGUGAGGCUACCUCACGUUAUGAGGCGUAUCGAUGGCGCGGUCGCUCUCCGACGCAUGUCCUCACGAGCGGUCUGGAUGACUAUCCGCGCGCAUCGACGCCGCACAUUGGUGAGCUACACGUCGAUUUGCUUUCGUGGAUGGGCCUCUUUGCUUCGUCUAUGGCGCAAUUCGCCGAGACCUUGGGCAAUGAUGAUGAUGCACUCGAGUACAGGCAGCAGGCAGAGGAUAUUGCCGCCAACGUGAUCGACUUGCACUGGAAUGAUGAAGAGCGUCUGUUUUGCGAUGCAUCCGUGGGGCAUGACGACGAGUCGUACUUCGAGUGCCACCCAGGCUAUGUAAGCCUCUUUCCCUUCUUGACGCAGCUGCUCAAGCCGGAGAGUGAGCAGCUAAGUGCGACGCUGGACUUGCUGAGCGACCACGACGCGCUGUGGUCUCCCCAUGGUCUUCGAAGUCUGAGCAAGGCCCAUCCUCUCUUUGGUGAGGAUGAGGAUUACUGGCGUGGCGCGAUUUGGCUGCCGAUUAACUACAUGGCUCUCCGUGCGCUGCACCACUACAGUCAGGGGUCCGGAAAGAAUGCUGACCGGUGUGCGAUACUUUACACGGAUCUGCGCCUGAACAUCAUACACACCGUGCUGGAUGAAUACGAGCGUACUGGGUAUACGUGGGAGCAGUAUGAUGAGGAAACAGGGCACGGACGCCGGAACCAUCCAUUUACGGGCUGGACGUCGCUGGUCGUGCUUAUCAUGGCGGAGAAGUACCACACAACGUAUCCAACCUUGUCAUGA